UUAACCCGCUCCUUCGAAGCCAUGGAAAAAGGAAAAGCGUUUAAACUCUUCGUGCCGCCGCGUUUGAGCGGCGGUCAGGUGUCUGCGGUCAAACCCCAGACCAGCGCUCGGCCCGCAGAGCCGUGCCAGGGUUUUAACAAAUGCCCAGGUGAUGAUUUUAAUUUACCUUUUGUAAUGACAACUGCAGCAAGCCAUGGUGAAAUCACUGAUGCAGAUUCAAUUUCACAGCAAACAAAACUUUGCUCUGAGGUGGAUGAAGAGAAUAUGGAAACAAUCAAUGAAUUGUAUUCGAAACUCUACAAAGAGGCUGAAAAGAUCAAGCGAUGGAAACUGGCUGUAGAAUCAGAACUAAAGCAGAAGGAAAGAAAAUUUCAAGAAAAUAGGAAGAUUAUUGAAGCACAGCGUAAAGCCAUUCAAGAAUUGCAGUUUGAAAAUGAAAAGCUAAGUUUGAAACUGGAAGAUGAGAUAUGUGAAAAUAAAGAUCUUUUAAAAGAAAACAGUGCUUCAAGACACCUGUGUAACCUACUCAAAGAAACCUGUAGUCACUUCACAGAGAAGUCCACCAAAUAUGAACAUGAAAGAGAAGAAACAAGGCAACUAUAUGAGGAACUUAAUAACAACAUUGAAAGAAUGAUAGUGGCAUUUGAAGAGCUUCGCGUGCAAGCAGAGAACACCAGACUGGAAAUGUGUUUCAAAUUAAAAGAAGCAGAAGAAAAAAUGGACAACUUUGAAAGAGAAUGCAAGCUAGAAGUCAGUAUGAAGGAAAAGCAGAUUUCAGUUCUUACUGUAAGGUGUAAUGAAAAAGAUGAUGUAAUAAGAGACAUCAAGACUCACCUGCAGGAAUCAAAAAAUAAGAUUACGGACUUAGAAGAAGCAAAAAGACAUGAAGGGGAAAUGUUAAAGGAAUCUCAGCUCAAUCAAGAAUAUUUAAAGGCAGAACUGGAAGAAGCUAAAAAUUCAUUGCAAAAAACAGAGGCUACUCGAGAGAGCUUAGAAACUGAACUGCAGAGUACAGUGAAAGCAUUAAUUCAGGUCACUCAGGAGAAAGAAACACAGAUGGAAGAAUGUAAAGAAGCAAAGGCUUUGCAUGCAUCCAUGAUAGAAGAGUUCGAGACUUCUACUUACAAUUUGAAAAGCUUGCUGCAAGAAGAACAAAAUAGAUUGAAGAAAAACGAAGAUGAGUCAAAACUGCUUAUGUUGGAGCUCACAAAUAAGUCUGCUGAGCUUGAAGAGAUGACUAAACUAAAACGUGAGAAAGAAAUGCAACUUGAAGAGCUGUCUGAAACACUGGGAAAAGCUGAAGAACUUCUAGUGAAGAAGAAAGAUCUUGAGGCUACUGUUGAAAAUUUGCAAGAGAGAGAAAAAGAGAUGAAAAAUAUUCUUCAAGUCAGAGAGAAAGAAAUGUGUGAUCUGAAAGUACAGCUGACUUGUUCAGUUGAAAAGGAACAAAGUUAUUUGAAAGAACUCACAACACUGAAUGCAGAUCUUGAACGAGAGGCACUAAAGAAUGAGCAACUAACAGUGACUAUCAAUACACUGUUAUUAGAGAAAGAACAAAUGGCACAAGAGAAAAGUAAUAUGGCUACAGAACUCAAGAAACUGCAGGAAAGUCAUGAGGAUCAAAGGGAAAAAGAAGAAAAUAUAAAGCAGUUAGUAGAACACCUGGAAGAAGCAAAUGGUCAGCUAAGAAAUGAACUGGAGUCUUUGAGAGAGAAGAUGGCAAAGAAAGGUGAAGAGGUUAAAAGCAAACUGGAUGAAAGUGAAGAAAAUACUAAGAGUAUUGAAAAUGAAAUUUUGAAAAAGGAAAGACAGUUGAAGAUGCUAGAAAAUAAGUUGAAUACUGUGAAGAAACAGGUGGAAAAUAAAACAAAGUGCAUUGAAGAGUUACAACAGGAGAACAAGGCACUGAAAAAGAAAAUGACGGCAGAAAGCAAGAAAACAAGUAGUUAUGAAGGGAAGGUGAACAAGCUACAGUUAGAGAUGGAAAAUAUGAACAAGCAACAUAAGGCAAGAGUUGACAUUUAUGAAAAAGAAAUUGAAGCAAAAGGAGUAACUGAAAAUAACUUACUUGAAGAGGUAGAAAAAAUGAGGUUACUUGCUGAUGAAGCAACAAUAGCACAGAGAGAAACUGAUAUCCGAUGUCAACACAAGAUAACUGAAAUGGUGGCACUUAUGGAAAAGCAUAAGCAUGAAUAUGAUAAAAUGGUUGAAGAAAAAGAUACAGAGUUAAAACUAUAUAAGAUAAAAGAGCAAGAGCAGUCAUCAUUGAAAAGAGCUUUGGAAACAGAACUAUCAUGUUUGAAAAGUGAACUGUCAUCCCUUAAGGAACAGCUUAAAGCAGAAACUGAAAACAAGGAGAAGCUUGCAAAAGAACUCUCAAAAAGUAGGGCUCCUGAAACUGAAAAGAAGGACAAGAAAAUACAAACUCAUUUUUCUGAGACUCCUAAACCUCAUUUAGAUCCAGACUCUGCAUCUAUUAAUGUAAAAAAACUAUUCUCUCAGAGUGAUAUUCCCAUAAAAACCAGCAUGAUGGAAAGUACAAAAACAUCUCCUCGAGCAUUUCUACAGAGUCCUUUGGUCAGACGAUCGUUGAAGACAUACACUGUAAAGACUCCUCCAGUACAUAAAAUGCAAAGUGAAAGCUCAGGUCUGAUUUCAGAACAGAGGAAAAAGCAAAAAGUGCUUCUGCAGCUGGAUGCUCAGUCAGAUAGCUCUGAACACAGCGACCUUCUGAGCCUUGUUUCAGAUGAAGAAGUAUUUAAAAAAUUAUACCAAGAUUAUCCACAAGCUUCACAAUUAUAUGCAAUGACACCAAAACAGAAACCAACUACAUCAAACCUGAAAGCUCCAAGUUCUGCACUAAAGCUUGCAACUAUGAGAAAAGUGAGGGAGACUGGAUGGACUGCAGUUUCCAAAAUGGACAGGAAGAGAAAAAUUAAAGACGCUGAAAAACUCUUCUCUUAAAAAAAAAGAGCAGAGCCCUAACAUUAUUUGAUUAGGACAACUCAGUAUUCUUUGAGCAUUAGUACUUUGUUGCAUUUACUGCCAAAUUCAGUAUGUUUAAUACACAAAUUUCCUUGAUUCAGAUAGUCCUUAUAUAACUACAAUCUGCAGAGCAUUUUCAGUGUUUUAUUCGUGUUAUAAACAGUCUGGAGACAUUUUAAUAUUGAAAUGAGAAUAAUUAAAAAAAACUGUUGCAAAAAAAAGAAAAGAAAAAGAAAAAAACUGUUACUAGAA